AUGUCUUUCAUUCAAAUUCUUCUCGUCUUCAUUGUCUUUGUUGCCAUUUCUGGAGUCUUCAGUCAAGAUCUCGCUUCGUGUGCUCGUAUGGACACAAUGGAGAAAGUUGCAAGAGCUGCAUGCAUAGGAAGUUGCACUAUUCAAAAUUGUGCGACUGGAUACUGUGAGAAACGAAAUGGUCGCCCAACCUGUGUUUGCAGUCGAUGUGCCUUUGGAUCGAAUAUUCCUUUGGAUAAACUUAUCAAAGGAGCCGCCUCAGCCGUCAAAGGAUAA